AAGAAAAGUCCGUGUUGCUUUUUCAUUGGUUCUUUGUUUAAAAACACCGACGCAUCUCCAGCCAAUCAGAAGACGAAACCCAAACCUGCGCGCUCGCGUUGCCGGGUAGAUUGAACAAAAACAACAGGAUUGGAUUCAGAGUUCGUAGCUUGGACGCGACGGACGGUCUCAUUCGCGCAUCACUCAGCUGCAGACAUCUCCGUUCUCUCUCUCUCUCUCUCUCUCCUAAAACAUGGCGACUGACUGCGCAGCCUGGCUGAACGCGAUCCCCGCCGAGGCAGAGGAUCUGAGUGACUCCUUGGUAUCCGAAGAGGAAGACAACACGGGAUCGGUGGUCAACAAAAACCUCAAAAAUGAGCUCAAUGGCAACUGGUUGUCCUCCGCCAGCAGCAGCAUCCAUGAGGCGCGUCUCAAGGCGAAGGCCAAGCGGAGGCUGAGGAAGAACUCGUCCAGGGACUCGGGCAGGGGGGACUCGUUCAGCGAUAACGGGGACGUGGUCAGGGGAACCUCGGUGGCCCCCGCCAGCCCCAAGAGCAAGCUGCUGGACAGAAAGUCCCGACUGGGCAAGGGAAGGGGUCUACCAAAGAAGGGUGGGGCCGGAGGAAAAGGAGUGUGGGGCCGAUCUGGGGAAGUUUAUGAACAGGAGGCGGUAGAUCAGAAAGACCCCAACUAUGACGAAGCUCAGGAAAACUGUGUGUAUGAGACUGUGGUUCCUCCGCUGGAUGAGAGGGACUUUGAGAACACAGUCAGCCCCAUACUGCAGGAGUACUUUGAACACGGAGACACAAACGAAGUAGCGGAGCUGCUCGCAGAACUGAACCUGGGCCCCAUGCGGAGCGAGGUGCCCUCGCUGGCCGUGUCCCUGGCGCUGGAGGCCAAAGCCAGCCACCGGGAGCUGACCUCCAGGCUGCUGGCGGAUCUGUGUGGGCCGGUGCUGUCCCGCGGCGACAUGGAAAUCUCCUUUGACAAACUGCUGCUGGAGCUGCCCGAUCUGGUCCUGGACACACCGGGAGCCCCGCAGUUGGUGGGCCAAUUCAUUGCACAAGCCGUGAGCGACCAAAUACUGUCCAAGAGCUACAUCGAGGCCUACAAAGGCAGAGUGGACUGUGAAUACACAAGAGUGUCACUGGACCGGGCGGCGGUGCUGCUGAGGAUGAGCAUGGAAGGCCUGCGCAUAGACAACCAGUGGGGUGCAGGCGGAGGACAGAGACCCGUCACACAGCUCGUCAAAGAGAUGAACCUGCUGCUGAAGGAGUACAUCCUGUCUGGAGACAGCAAGGAGGCUGAGAGGUGCCUGAGAGAUCUGGAAGUUCCUCAUUUCCACCAUGAGUUUGUCUAUGAGGCGAUAGUGAUGGUGUUGGAGUCCAAGGGAGAGAAAACUUUGGAAAUGGUUCUGCAGCUACUCAAGUCCCUUUCUGUGUCCACGGUCAUCACUCUGGACCAAAUGAGAAGGGGCUAUGAAAGAGUCUAUAUGGACAUUGCUGAAAUCAACAUUGAUGUUCCUCGUGCAUAUUUCCUCCUGGAGCAAUUUGUUGAUAGGAGCUUCAGUAUGGGAGUCAUUGAUGUAAAGUUGAGAGAUCUCUGUCCCUGUCGAGGCCGGAAGAGAUUUAUCAGCGAGGGAGACGGGGGUGUCGUCAAAGCUGAAAGUUACUGAGCAGCCCUUUUUAUGUGCCAGAUUUCCUGGAAAAAAAGGAUAAAGCUACUUUUCUACUUGUAUAUUUUUCAAAAAGGUCGGGUAAUUUUUUUUCCUUCGAACAGUCAAAAGAAUGUGCAUUUCUAAAACUGAGGUAGGGUAAAAAAAAAUGAAAUAAGUGGAUCACUUUCUUCAAGAUAUUUCAAAUAAACACGAACAUAAGCUAACCCUUAAAGUGCCACACUUCGCAGUGUUAGUCAUUCCAUGUGGUUUUGUACAGUACUUCCUUGAUUUCACUGCCACUCCUUUUUCUGUUUUUGUCAAAAGACUGGCUUGUGUCAAAAGCUUUAUAAUGGGGUAGAAAGAAAAAAUAAAGACACAGGAGCAUGUUGGUUAAAUGCAAUAAAUCCUCCCAAAGUAGCUGCUGUUUCUAUGCUGUGCUGGCUUUUUCUUUUUUACCCUUUAAAUUACAAAGAUAUUAUUAUUGAAGGUAUCAAGACACGAGUAAAGAACAAAAACAAACACCAUUUGAGGAACCUCACAAAAUUGUGUUUAUUUUUAUAUCCAGGAAAUACUGGUGUGUGAAAUGUACCACGUAUUGCUCCUUGUUUGUUCCUUAAAUGAUUGUCAAACAA